CCACCAAAUGCAGCAAUUAAACACGCACGAAACAUAUAUGCAUUAGGGACAUUCCAUUCGUCUUGUGAAGGUGAAAUCGUAAGAGGUAGAAAUAUUGUAUUAAGCACCUUCCAAAAAUUGUACAUUCAACUGUAUUGAUUUAAAAAAUAUAACUUUUGACCUCGGAUUUUGUUUCAUCAUUACUUUGAGUCACAUCUAAUUUUGUUUAUAAUUAAAUAAAUUGUCAUAAGACGGCAAGGUGCGUGGGUUUAUGUAAAUACUACGUUUGACAGAGUCGAAUGUCAGUGUCAAAGGAUGAUUAUAAUAAAAAUAGAUAAGAUAAAUAUUUGAGGUGAGGCGAGGCAAAGUGAGAACUCAACGUCAACAUCAGACAGAUGUAAUCAUUAUUAUUAUAAAAUCAUUUGGGAUAAAAUACUCUGUCGAUGAUUUAAUCACUCAGUUUUCGUUAGUCAUUCCAUUAAAGCCGAAUUUGCACAUAUCCACAUGACUUCAUCCCAUGCUAAUCUAUUUACUUACUCGCCAAUAAUGUGCUGCGAGCAGGGCGCAUAGGAUUGAUGACAAGGGUCGCUGAAAUAGUCUCAUUAAGAAUUAUUAUUAUACAGUAUAAUUUAUACUACACAACAGUGGUGAAAUCCUGUGAGAGAGAUAAUGAUAAAAUUCCAAGUGUUCAACUUCAGAGUGUCAAUAAACUAAAAUAUUGUUCAAUCAAUCAUAAAUACUUAUUGACGUGGUAAGAGAAUAAUCCAACAGAACACAAUACGUGCCAGUGAGGCUGAGUUCAGAACAGCACAAUAAAACACAAGUGUUCGUAUUAUUAUCGAGGUUGCACACAGAAAUAUUUAUUUCAACAUGGGGUCCCUGAAUACAAUCGAAGAUCUGAAAACCAGGGAAAGUUUCCAUAAAUGGUUUUCCGAAAUUGAAGACACGUUGUUUGAAGAUUUGUUAUCAUCCCAAGUGGAAAGUGACGAGGAAAAUGACGAUGAUGAGAUUCCCAUUAGUUUAAAACAACGGAUCGAACGGGUGAAAAAAUACAUCUCACAUUCUUCAGAUUCCGAUAUUUUGUUGGAACUUGCCGAGGACACGAGGCAAAAUAGCAACUUCGUGACGGAACAUAAUCCUUUGGAAGCAUUUGCCACUUUGGGAUCUAUAGCCUUCUUUACCUCUUAUGUGCACCGAAAUGCAAGUCCCCACGCUAUAAGUCCGCAUUUGCAAGAGGUGACUAAUUUUGUACAAAAGUACAAAGACUUACAAAGUGCCAAACAGGAGUACAUUGAUGGAAUGGAGACUGUGCUGGACGCUUUAAUUGAAUUUUGUCAGUUGUCGGACAGUUCUACGAUUCCUUUAAGGGCGAGAGUGGUUCAAGUGACACCGUGCAAAGAAAAUGAAACGAAUGCUACUAUUUUUGGCAUAAAACUGCAUUUCCUACAAGGAUUUCCAAACCCAAUUUUUCCUAAAAUUAGUCAAACGCUAGCACAGAUUCUCUCUAUUGACACAACUAAUUCUGAAUGGAAUCUCUUGGAAUAUAACGUUAAUAAGAAUUUUCGUGUGUACACUAUGCUUGCACAAGAAGAAUACAGAAAACCAAAAUUUGCAGAGUUGACGGACGAGAUGCUUGCUCUUGAAGCAGCAUCUCAAAAAUCACAACUUGGUCAAGAUCCACGAUUGCUACUGGCAAAGUGUCAAUUUCUUUGUGACUUUUUGAUCUGCAACGGACCAUCAGACUUGAACUUUGCUGAUAUGGAAUUUGACACGCAUUCAAAAAUUGUCGAAUUUAUCAAAACUAGUUCCGAGACCAUCACCCAAGAUCACCCAUCCUUUGUACGUGCAAACUUUUCAUUUGCAGAAAUUUUUGCUACCGAACUUCCCAUCACUCGACAGGACAGAGAUUAUGCAAAAUCCUUAUUAAUGAAAUCUUUAGAAGGAAACCCUACGUCGAGUAAAAUUCACCACAAAAUGGGCUUAUUUCUUAUCAAGGGUCGCCAGUUUUUUGAAGCCGAAACUUAUAUCAAACGAGCCAUAGAAUUGGACCCUCACAGCCCUGAAGCCUACCACAGUCUUGUGAAGCUUUUACUUCGAGAUCCCAAGAUGAACAAGGACAAAUUGGAGUCCUUCUUCAAUAUAUCGUUCCCGGAAGUCGGUAAACUUCUCGGAUUAGAACAAGAGUCCAUUCUCUCCUUCUGGAAGGGUUGUUAUCUCUUCAAGUCUGGGGAGUCGGAACCUGCAAUCAACGUGUGGACGGAAACAAUUUUGGAAUUUUAUGCCGAGAAACCUGAAUUAGAUUUAGAGUCAGUGUUGCCAUUUAAUACGCUGAGCAAGGUUUCCAAGAAUUUCCUAUGGACCAAAAGUAAUCUGACCCUGGAAGCAAUUGCUGCUGCAGUGAAGACCGUGGGUAGUCAGGAAAAGACGAAGCGUCGAGUUGUGUUUCAUCGUUUACAAGACUUGGUGAGUGAUGCCAUGAAAGGUUAACUUUACGCUGUGUGAUGUCAGGCUGUCUUUAAUUAUUUAUUUGUUUGAAACAACAAAAAUAAAUUUGAACGCGUAGAAGUAUAAAA